AGUGAUCCGCUGUGCCGAGGACAUGCUGGAGAAAGACCUCAGAGACAACCGGAGCAUCGGGGACCUGGGAGCCCGUCACCUCCUGGAGCGGGCGGCCGCGGGCGGGGGCAAGGUGACCGUUUUGACACACUGCAACACCGGUGCGCUGGCCACCGCUGGCUAUGGUACAGCCCUAGGUGACAACCAGGGCGCCCGGCUGACGGCCUUCGAGCUGGUGUACGAGCACAUCCCUGCCACCCUCAUAGCCGACAGCGCGGUGGCCGCCGCCAUGGCCCACAGGGGCGUGUCAGCCGUGGUGGUGGGAGCUGACCGCGUGGUUGCCAACGGUGACACAGCCAACAAGGUGGGCACCUACCAGCUGGCCAUCGCUGCCAAGCACCACGGCAUCCCCUUCUAUGUGGCCGCCCCCAGCACGUCCUGUGACCUCCACCUGGAGAGCGGCCAGGAGAUUGUCGUGGAGGAACGCCCCAGCCAGGAGCUGACGGACGUCAACGGAGUCAGGAUUGCCGCGCCAGGGAUUGGAGUUUGGAAUCCUGCCUUCGACGUCACCCCCCACGACCUCAUCACCGGGGGCAUCAUCACAGAGCUGGGGGUCUUUGCCCCCGAGGAACUCCGGGCAGCCCUGACUGCUGCCAUCUCCUCAGGGAAAGGGACCCUAGAUGUACCCCAGAUAUAACCAACUCAGCUCCCCCUACCCACCUUCAUUCCCUAGGUUUUGUAAUAAAUUUAUUGACUGGCCUGCCCAAUAGCUGACCUUCCCCCUCCCCCACGUCCUGGAGCAGAGAGCUCAGACAGGGCCUGGCAUGGCUAGUAAGAGCCCAACAGGUGGAAGUCUAGACAGAGCUAGUCUGUCCAGGUUCAAAGCCCAGCUCCACCACUGUUUCUGCGGUGUGCUCCCGAGCAAAUCGCUUCCCCUCGCUGUGCCUUCGUUUCCUCUUAAAGUCAGGGCUGGAACUAGGGUAACACCUCGGGUGCAGAAUUUUUAAAAAGACACCCAAAAAGCUAGUGACCAAGAUACAUCAUAUUUCAAUGCAAUCAUUUUUAAAAAAUCAAAGUGAAUGUAAUAAAAAUUCAUGGCACACAAAACAA